GGAGGGGGCGCAGUGAGUGGGUUGGGUUUGGUUGGAAUGAAGUUGGACAUGUGCUACAAAUGUUUGUUUUUUUCCUUCUCAAAUUAGCCAGGGAGCGUACAAUGUCAUAGCAGCAAGACCAUACUAACUCUAAAAGAAACAUUUUUUAGUCAUAGAAAACGAGCAGACAUAAAGCAAGAAUGGGUGAUGUCAGUGAAGAAUCGUUGCUGGAUUAUUUCUACUCAACCGGAGGGAAAGUAAAAAAUGCUGAUUUAAUGAAAAUAUACAGGCCUUUCAUUGGUCAUAACGACAUGCAGCUGCGUGACAAAUAUAGAGAGGAGUUCAAACGGAUCAUCGACAUGAUUGCUGUUGUGAAAUCAGAGAAUAGUGAGAAGUACCUGAUUCUGAAGAAGAGGUACAGGCAGCAGGAGCAGGGCAGUGAGACAGAGCCUGGGACAGACAGACAGGCCAGUCCUGCGGCCAGCACUGCCAGGCCCUCGGCAUCAGUCCAGCGAGAUGUGUCGGGGGUCUCGUCUCUCCACACCCAGGGGGAACCAGACCUCCAGCCUGACCCGGCCAAGAGGGCAGAGGCGAGGAAGCCUCCACAGGUGAUGUGGUGUGGAGGAAGCCCCAGCAUUACCUUCAAAGAGGCACCCAAGCAGGAGCACACGCAGGAGGACCAGCACACCGAGAGGACCCCCUCACCGUCCAUUUCAGAGAAAACCCUAGCGCACAGUAACGGAGAGGAUGAGCUAGACAGGGACUCAGGGUCAAAGUCUGAGUCGGAAGAGGAGUGUAUGGGCAGAAUGCGCUCCACCCCAGUGGCUCUGGACCCCGUGGAGAAGGAAUGGAUCUACUCUGCUACUUGUGGCAGUCUCUCUGACCUCUCCCAGCUGCUAAAACAGGAGCCCUCCUUGGCCAACAAGAAGGACUUUGUUUCAUUUACAGCUCUUCACUGGGCAGCCAAACACGGCAAGGAGGACAUGGCUACCAUGAUGGUUAACGCAGGAGCUGAUGUGAACACUAAAUCUGGCUAUACACCCCUGCAUAUUGCAGCAUUGCAUGGCCAUCGACACAUUUUGGAGCUGCUCAUUGGAAAAUAUGGUGCGAAGAAGAAUCUGCGGGACUACAGCGGCCAUCUUGCCUGCCAGUACCUGAACAUCACGGAGCCUACAGAGGAUGACCGAGCAGCUCCAGAGGAGACACAAUUCCCUGAGUUCCAGGCCAGAGACCACAGUAGGAACAGGAAGUUGGUCUCGUUGUUCCAGUCCAAGAAGAAGUGGGGCUCAGCGGAGGAGCUAGCCCCUGUAAAGGAGAGGGUGGCACUAGCACCCCAUCAACUCAUGGUCCCCGCCUUCAGACCCAGGAAAUUCUCACGCUAAGGAAGAAGCUAGCCAAAUGCCCCGCAUUCAAUGGCAUCACAGAAAUGACAUCACAAAAACAUGUUCAGUCACUGUGUGUUUAUUUGAAUUGUAAUGUAUGCUUUUAUAGUAUUUAUUCUGUAUGCUUUUAUGUUGUAGGGAGCUGUAACUAUCGAGUUGUUUAGUUUGUUGUUUACUGCCUUGAUUGUAUUGUAGCAAUCUCCCAAAAUGAUUUGAUUAUCAUUUAAUUCCAUUUUAAAAGUUGAAUUUGAUUCUAGUGAGACAAAAUCUGACAUUACAUACGGCGCUAUUUUGCAUGCUGCAUUUGUUUUCUUGCUCUUUCAAUUUAGUGUGUAUUUGAAUCUCACUUGCCUUUUUUCCUCACACCGUGUUUAGUGAAGACCGUGCCCAAAUGUGUAGUUUCCAAGCCGAUCUGACGUUCCAGAUUUGAAGUGCCACGUUUACAUGUUGAUGAUCGCACUAUUACAUUGUCAGUUGGUUGAUUUGUCAUAAGGGACACUAUUUUCUAUUGGUUCACUAUUGUAUUUCUCAUUGUAUUUCUAUUGAAGGACAAAACGAGGGACGAUAUUUUUUUAUUGUUUCACCCUCUGUAUUCCAUGUUGUAUUCUAUUUGUAUUUCACAUUGUAUUCUAUUGAAAGACAAAACAAUACCAUAGUACUGGCAUAGAAUAGUCAGUUCAUAAUUAAGUGUCUUAUUCAAUUGGGAAACAAGUUAGUUGAUGUGCCAUGGCUUUGCAUCAUGUUUUUCCUCAGGUUGUUUGUAUUGCCUCAAUUUGAACCUGCCUCUUCAAGCUUGUUUUGUUUUGCACAUGAUUUAUAUCUGAGAUAUUUUGAUAUUAAAGUGCUAUGCUGUGCUUCUAA